GGCAGCGAGGAGUCUGAGGAGGCUUCAAGUUGGCAGGCCCAGUGCCGGGGGCCAUCUUUAUUUCUGGCAGGUCAGCUGACUUGACUUGGACUAGAUCAGGGCCAACACGUAGGCGACAGCCCUUUUCUCUAGGGAGCGGAUGAGGCCCUCCCUGCACACACUUCCCAUCUCUCCGCGCGCGCCCCCGCCUUCCCGGUGAGCCUGUUUGGCGGGAAGUUGGCUUAGUUGGCCUACCUGUGGCUCGGCGCGUUCCCUGGUCCCCGCCUUGUUUCUCCCCAGAGGCUUCUCAUCCUCCCUCGGUGAUCUCGGCGUAGGGCAUAGUACCCCAUCUCACGGAGGACGCGAUGGCUCCCAGGAAACGCCCAGAAACCCAGAAGACCCCCGAGGUGGUUGUGCGUCCCAAGAGCAAGAGGAACAGAAGCCCCCGGGAGCUGGAACCCGAGGCCAAGAAGCUCUGUGUGAAGGGCCCCGGUACUGCCUGCGCCUGCUGCUUUAAUAAUUCUGCCAUUUGGGGUUCUCACGCAGGAGGCUGGAGUGGGGGUUCUAGCAGAAGAUUUGACUCAGGCUGCCUUUGGGCGGGGUUGGCUAGCCUGCGGGUCUCGGCAUCAUGCAGCAGCAUCGUCAGGGCCCUCCACCAGCAUAAGCUGGGCAGAGCUACCUGGCCAUCACUACAGCAGGGUCUUCAGCAGUCCUUUUUGCACUCUCUGGCUUCUUACCGGAUAUUCCAAAAGGCUGCCCCUUUUGACAGGAGGGCCACAUCCCUGGCAUGGCACCCAGCUCACCCCAGCACCGUGGCUGUGGGUUCCAAAGGGGGAGAUAUCAUGCUCUGGAACUUUGGCAUAAAGGACAAACCCACCUUCAUUAAAGGGAUUGGAGCUGGAGGCAGCAUCACUGGGCUGAAGUUUAACCCUCUCAAUACCAACCAGUUUUUCACCUCCUCAAUGGAGGGAACCACUAGGCUGCAAGACUUUAAAGGCAACACUCUCCGAGUUUUUGCCACCUCAGACACCUGCAACAUCUGGUUUUGCAGCCUGGAUGUGUCUGUCAAAAGCCGAGUGGUGGUCACAGGAGACAAUGUGGGGCAUGUGAUCCUGCUGAACAUGGAUGGCAGGGAGGUGCGUUCCCUGAAGCCAGGUCCUCCCCCUCCCUCCCUGAACCCCAUCCUCGGUUCUGUGUCCCCUCCUGAACCAAGCUCUUCUCUGCAGCUUUGGAAUCUGAGAAUGCACAAAAAGAAAGUGACCCAUGUGGCCCUGAACCCAUGCUGUGAUUGGUUCCUGGCCACAGCCUCCGUAGAUCAAACAGUGAAAAUCUGGGACCUGCGCCAGGUUAGAGGGAAAUCCAGCUUCCUCUACUCACUGCCACACAGGCAUCCUGUCAACGCAGCUCAUUUCAGUCCCGAUGGAGCCCAGCUCCUGACCACUGACCAGAAGAGUGAGAUCCGGGUUUACUCCGCCUCUCAGUGGGACUGCCCCCCACACCUGAUCCCGCACCCUCACCGCCACUUUCAGCACCUGACACCCAUCAAGGCAACCUGGCAUCCUCGGUACAACCUCAUUGUUGUGGGCCGAUACCCAGAUCCUAAUUUCAAAAGUUGUACCCCCCAUGAAUUAAGGACGAUCGAUGUGUUUGAUGGAAGCUCAGGAAAGAUGAUGUAUCAGCUGUAUGACCCAGAAUCUUCUGGUAUCAUGUCGCUCAAUGAGUUCAAUCCCAUGGGGGACACGCUGGCCUCCGUGAUGGGUGAGUGUAUCUCGGGCUGGUCAAGCCCACCCUACUUCCCAAGGUUCAGUACAGGCUAACCCCAGCUUUGCCCUGUCACAUUCACCCCAGAGUUGUAGUCAGUAAAGAAGAUAACCAGGAGACAGUGGUCUCUUCGGCCUGGGCCCUCCAUCCCUUCUGCUUUGUCUUCGUCACAGCAGUGCCUGGUUGCUGUCCAGUUUCCUGGUGUCACCUUACCGAGUCCUAGGUUCCCUGGGUCAGCCCCAAAUUCUCAGAGGCUGAUAAUGGAAGGUGCGAGUCAGACUGGUCUCACCCCUUCUAGGUUAUCACAUUCUCAUUUGGAGCCAGGAGGAAACUGGGAUGCGGAAAUGAGAGACAUUAAUGAAGGUGGGGGCCAAGCAAGGGCUUGGAGCCACAUGAGAACAAGUCCUGCGAGAAGAGGCGGCUUUGUGUUAAAGGGCCAGAGGUAUCCAAGCCUUAGGGUUGGAGCAGGGGCACUGGGACCGGGAAACUGGCAUGUUACUGCUCUGGACUUAGCUCCAGAAACUUCUCCAGAGUUGGCGACCCAGCUGCCCCAAGGGUCACUGCUGUAUCUAUCCUGGAGCCAAGCUUCUUGUCUUUCUCCUCUCUGACAUGCAGUGGCAGAGUGAUCAGGUAGUGGGUUUUGAUUUGCGCUCACUACUGACAUAGCCAAUAAAACCAUACCCAACUGA